UACUACAAUGUAAUCCAAAUUAUUAUUUAUCUGACUCUAAUACAUAUACUAAGCAAUAAUGAACUAAUAUAAUCUUGCCGAGACGAGGGAAAAGUGAAAGAGUGAAGAGAGAGUUGAGGAAAAUAAAUUAGAUUUUGAUUUGCGUGACCAUUCAAUUGCAUUUUUACUUAUUAUUAUUUUUAUUUACCCUCACUAUCAUUGAUAGAUUACUAUUUCAUUCAUGUAUUUUUUAUAUGUGAACAAAUAUUCUUGGUGGGGCGGGUAUGGGUAUGGGGCAGACGAGGCUAAAACCAUACCCGCCCCGUACCCAUCAAACAUUUUGCGGGUUUUACCCAUACCCGCCCCAUACCCAGUCAAAACGGGGAUUCCCCGUGUUGACUGGGUUGGAGACGGUCGGAUACCCGUGGGCAUGGGUUUGAAUCCCUACUUUUGGAUAGUGGCCACUUUGUUCUCCUUUACUCUCAUAUUCUCGUGCUUCCCCACCGCAAUGUAAUCAAUCAAAGCCCAAUAAGCAAUCAGACACCAAACUCUCUUCAGCGAAAUGAGGCCCAACCUGGGGAAUUGCCCGGCCCAAACUAGGCCCAGUCGCUAAGCCGCUCCUCAACAGUCAACAUGUAGACAAAUUGCGAAAUUCCUUUUUCAGAUUUCUUUCAUAUCAGCCCAUCGGAGACGGAGAGUCUCCUUCCGUUGUCGUCUCUCCGCGGAGAACGAAGAAAAUCCGAAGCCGAAAGAUCGCUCGUCUUCCUCCUGUGUUGCAGAAGAGUCGGACAAACAGCUUCCGCCGCCGGCGCGAUCUCAAUUGAACCCGAGAUCCAUGGUAAUGUCUCUUCCUCCAGUUCAAUUUGGUCGCUCUUCUCUUCUCCUGGUUGUCAUCGACGGUCCCUCUCCUUUUUCUCGCCCGCGGUUUCUCUCCUGAUCAGAGGAAUUCACGCAUCCAUAUCCUCGAUUGAUAGUGUGCCUACAUGAGUUUCUUUGACUGGCUUCCGGAAUUAGGUUUAGUUAAGUUCCAAAGAAUUCAACUCAGCUCGAUAACGUGUGUCCUCGAGUUUGUUCUGUUGAGGCUGAAUUGGGCUGCAACAUUGUGGUUUGUUAUUUACCGAGCUCCUGAAGCUCUGUGUUGAUGUAGCUUUCGCAAAGCGUUGAUUGGGUCUAGUUACAGAUUGAUUUAAACCUCUGCCUUUUUGAUUGUUGGUGUAGGUUCUCCUACAGCCCGACCCUUUUCUUAAUGAACUCACCAGCAUGUUUGAGCACAGCACCGAGAAAGGCUCGGUUUGGGUCACUCUCAAACGAUCAUCCUUGAAGUCUAAGGUACAAAGGAAUAAGAUGAAAACUGCUGGUGAACCUCUUGACUACAGGUGCCUCAUCCGUGCAACCAAUGGCAAGAAGACAAUCUCUACUUCCGUUGGGGCGAAGGAUCACCAGAAGUUCCAAGCAUCUUAUGCAACAAUCCUCAAAGCUCACAUGACAGCUCUGAAGAAGAGGGAAAGGAAGGACAAGAAGAAGGCUGCAGAUGCAACAACGAACAAGAAAGACGGGGAGAGCUCGAAAAACAGAAAACCUAAGAAGGUCUGAUGAUGCUUUUGCUUGUUAGGAAAGAAAACAUGCAGUUUGCUUUUAACUUUCUUCGUUUCACAAAGGACAGAGGGGUUAAUUGGAACUUAACUUUGCGGGAACAAGUAGAGAAUUGUCCAUUUUGUUUUGGCGCAAUGCAGAUUGCUGCCAGGUUUUGGAUACCCUUGGUAAUUGUCCAUUUUGUCCUCACGGCCAGUCCAAUUCCUUA